CCUUCUGAUAUCCUGGGACGGACAUGGUUACAACAACACUGCAUACACCUUAUGGAAACAUCAGUGUCUUCAUAACUGUCUGUUCUGUCAUAGAAUCUGCAUUUCUCUCUGUUAUCUGUUGUGAAACUUUGGUCGUGUCACUUGACUGCUCUUUAAAUAGCUGAUAUCACAGAAAGAUGGACAUCAGGUGAUAGCGAGAAAUUUCACUUAAUGCGGAUGUCACAAGCCCUUAAAGGAGAGAGAUAAGAUAUGUAAUUGGAAUGUCUUUUUAACAGUAUUGAUUUAACUUCUUUGGGGCACCAAAAGGUCUCUGGGGGACUUGACUGCGUAACAGAGGAAUGGUAAAGUGGCAUUAAUUUGUGACUUGGUUGGAUUCUUCUGCUGGCAGCCUGAUUCUCCUCUCUCCCCAGUGUUGUGUGUGUAAUGCCAUUGACUGUGCUGGAGUUACUCCUGAUAUGCACUGGACUGGGUGAGAGGAGACCAGCCCAUUUCCAUGCACAAGGAUAAAUGCUGCUGCUGUCAUCUCUGCUCUUUCUUACAAAAACUUGCUGGGUCUUUGUGUGGGAAAAGGGCUACCAAGAAACAGACAAUGUGGUCAGUUCGGUUACCACCAAGGUGAAGGGAAUAACCGUGACAAACACAUCGGAGUUGGGACUCCGGGUCUGGGAUGUGGCUGACUAUGUUAUUCCACCUCAGGGAGAGAAUACGUUAUUCAUCAUGACAAACCUGAUAAUGACACUGAAUCAGACACAAGGCUAUUGUCCUGAGCUUCCAGAUAAGACAACGGUGUGUAAUUCCAGUAAGGACUGUGCUGCAGGAUACAUAGGCACCCACAGCAAUGGAGUCCAGACUGGGAAGUGUAGGAAGUACUCCACCUCUGUCAAAACCUGUGAGAUCUAUGCUUGGUGUCCUGUGGAGAAUGACACUCAUUUACCUAAGCCGGCUUUCCUAAAGGAUGCUGAGAACUUCACCAUUUUGGUGAAGAACAAUAUCUGGUAUCCCAAGUUCAACUUCACCAGGCGAAAUAUUUUGCCCUCUAUCAGUACCGUUUACCUCAAGACCUGCAUUUAUGACCCUAAAACGGAUCCCUUCUGCCCAAUCUUCCGAAUCCGUCAAAUAGUUGAAGCUGCAGGACAGAAUUUUCAGGAGAUGGCUGUUGAGGGUGGAGUAAUGGGGGUGCAGAUCAACUGGAACUGUGACCUUGACAAACCUGCUUCUUACUGUGUGCCAAAAUACACCUUCCGUCGCCUUGACAACAAGGAUUCUGACCACACGGUCUCACCUGGAUAUAAUUUCAGGUUUGCAAAAUACUACAAGGACGCAAGUGGCACUGACUCACGGACACUAAUUAAGGCUUACGGCAUCCGUUUUGAUAUCAUGGUGUUUGGAAAGGCAGGAAAAUUUGAUAUAAUUCCUACAAUGAUUAACAUUGGUUCUGGCCUAGCCCUGUUUGGAGUGGCAACAGUCCUGUGUGACAUCGUGGUUCUGUACUUCAUGAAGAAGAGAUACUACUACAGAGAGAAGAAAUACAAAUACGUAGAAGAUUAUGAACUGGGAGCCAGUGAGACAUAUGGAACGCAAUCCUGACAGUGGUGGUGCUGCAGCAUCAAUUGCCCAACAUGAAGUGCUGCUGUGAAUGUUAUUCUGCUUCAUGGAGAGACAGUAAGAUGAUGCUGCAGGCUUCCCUUCCUGGAACUGGGUUAAUCAAUCUGUGUUCUCUAAGUGGAAAGAGAAACCUCUCUCAUUACUUUAUGGCUGACAAACAGUGCAUUCUUGUUCUGUGUCACUGACAACCCAGGGAAAGUUUUGAAGCUACUAGUUGUUCAAAUUUUUGCCAUAGUAAACAAAUGUAAAGAUCAGGAUGUGUAUGCCAAACUCUCAUGGAAAGUGUCUCAAGAUAAGAAACAGCUGAGUAAGUCUUCCCUUCCCCCUUAUUCUCUAGAAAGCCCCCUGGAGGGGCCAGUCACCCAAAGCCUACCUCUUUGCUAGGGGCAGAGGAAAUUGGGCCAGGAUGAGUGUUGAGAUGAGUGACAUUAAAUGGGGGAAGGGGAGGUUACUUGGUGGAAGAGCCAGGCCCCUCUUAAGAGGUAAGAUCCCUUCCCCUGCUGUGGUGAACCUGGUCCCUAAUCUUCACCCUCAGGCCUGGAGAGCAUCUAGCUACAGCCUGAUGGCAAUAAAAUGUAUUUCCUUACUGGGAGGGCAAGUCAUCAGCUAACCUGCAGGUUAUCCCUCAUGUAUGUGAUCUUCAGGAGCCCAGAGUAGGAGAUGAAGCUCACUCUAGGUCUCCUGAAUUCGAGUAGGUGGCUGAUGCAUUUAUAAAGAGGCUGCUUUUUUUCUGGUCCUCUUAAAAUUCAGUUUGUAAUGAAGGAAAAGGAUUACAACGGUGAUAGCACUUCACAAUGAGUGGAGAUGCCAAUAUUCCAAACACACAAAUUAACUAUAUUGCAUAAACUUUCUUCUAAGUGAUUUAGUAUAAGAGAGAAUCCAUUCUCUAGUGAACCAAUAAAGCCCUUGCAAAGGUAAA